AUGGCAAAAAGGUGGGAGGAGGAGACAAGGACGGCCAACUGGACAAGGCGACUGAUCAGAAGCGUAGAGAGAUGGACGGAGUGUCAGCAUAGAAGAACUGGAUACUAUUUUACCCAGUUCUUCACAGGCCACGGCUCGUUUGGGACCUACACGCUCAGGAUAGGAAAGACAGAUUCUGACGAGUGCGAGAUGUGUAAAGUCGCGGACAGUCCGGAACACAUGUACUCUGACUGUUCCAGAUGGAAGAGAGACAGAAAUAGUUUCAAAGAGAAACUGGGAGAACUCCCUGAUCUAGAUGACGUGGUGGACGAGAUGCUUGAAAACAAAGAAAUUUGGGAAGUGACUUAUGAGUUCAUUACAGUUAUAACGAGGAAGAAAGAGAUAGAGGAUAGGAAAAAACAACAGGAGACAAGAUAG